GUCUGCUACAUUCACACUCGUUAAAUUGCAAUAAAAUAUUAGUAUAAAUAUCCUCGUAAACAAACAAACAAAGUGUCAGUAAUAUUGAAAAUCAUGAUUAAAUUAUGACUCGGGUUAGUAGACAAUUUAAAAUUUUCCAAUUGUUUUUCAACACAUUGGUUACAAAAAAAAAUGUACAUAUGUAGAAAAGUAAAAAAACUAUAAGUGCAAUUUUUUAAAAUAUAUUUUUUUAUUUGUUUUGAAAAAAAAUUAUUAAACGUCAGCUAACUUCAGUAUCAUUUUAAAUUUGAGGAUCCAUAACUGUGACAUAUCUACAAAAUUGAGUUUAGAUAUUGACACCCACAUUUUAAAAAUAAAAUGUUAUGGAAUAUGAUACAUUAAUAUUUUAAUCUGAAUUACAGUUAAUUAUUAACUUAUCCAUGUAUAUUUUAUUAUAUUUUUAUAGUUACAUGGUGAUGAUAACAUAUUCAAUUCUGGAACGUUCUUCUGUCUGUAAACUGCUUACGUUAUAAUUAAAAAACGGCUUCCGCAGCCUUUCCCGGCUUAAAACUUUUUUUUAUUAAGAUAUUUUAAUUUUAAUUUUUGUUAUUGUUAUUAAUUAGGUCUCAGAAACUAGGACAGUGUCAAUAACUGGGCUCUUUGUUUUAUUUACAACAAACUCAGCCCAGAGAGAGAAUGAACCUCGGAAAUUGUUCUCACAUUUUUAAACUGCGCAUGCGUUAAAAAAGUGGGAGUAAAAAUCGAAAACACCCGAGGUAGAGGUACACUCUCAUUCGGGGAUAAUUUUAAACGUCAAUUAAAGAUUAAGGUUAAAAAACGUAAAAAUGUUGUCAAGUAUUGUAAAGGAACAUCAAAGUAAACAAGCUAUUAAAAAAGAAUCACAAGAACAAAAACGAAAAGAAGCUGUACGUGCUGCUAAUAAAUUAACACAAGCAUUAGUUGAUCAUUUAAAUGUCCGAGUGGCGCAGGCAUAUUUAAAUCAGCGAAAACUAGAUGCUGAAGCCAAACAAUUGCAGCAAUCAGCAACUGCUUUUGCUAAACAAACGCACUUGUGGUUAAAUUUAGUUGAAUCCUUUUCAAGUGCUCUGAAGGAGAUUGGUGAUGCUGAAAAUUGGGCCCAGAGUAUUGAAGGUGAUAUGAGAACGAUUGCUACUGCUUUAGAAUACUCUUAUAAAGCUAGUCAAGACGCUCAUGGAUCAAAUGUUAGUUAACUUAAACAAAUUAAAUCCAUUCAUCAUAAAUAAAACAAAUUUUAUUUAAUGUAUAUAUGUUAUAUUAUUUUUAUUGUGUAAUUCAUAAAAAAAACUUGUAUUUAUUAUUUUAAAUAAUACAAUAAAUAAUUUUAACUUAA